AUGCUGAGAAGGCCCCAGCCAAGACCUGAUCCGACUUGCGUGGGCUACGCGAUCUGCCUGCUGGACGUCUACAUGGGGAUGUACUACAACACCAUCAUAGGCUGGGCCGUCUACUACCUCGUGGCCAGCUUCAGGUCGGAGCUUCCGUGGACAAGCUGCCACAACAGCUGGAACACACCUAACUGCACGCCUAUCAUGGAGCUAGCGGUCAACAACUACAGUAAGAGUCCGGCCACGGAGUUCUUCGAACGGAGUGUGCUGGAGGAAUACAAGUCUGACGGGUUGGACAGGAUCGGCCCUAUAAAGUGGUCCUUAGCCCUUUGUGUCCUGGCGGUCUUCCUAUUGGUCUACUUCUCCCUCUGGAAGGGGGUCAAGUCAACGGGAAAGACUUUGGAAUGCGAUCAUUGGACUUCUUCAAUUGAUCCACAGAGAAAAAAGCCUCAGCUUUCAGGUUUCCUUCCAACCAAAUGA